CACACACACAUACACAUACACACACACACACACACACACGCACGCACACACGCACGCACGCACGCACACACACACACACACACACAAAGCCAUAGCAGGCAGAGAAAGUCAGCCAGGCAGCGGAGAGCCUGCCGACCAGCAGCCAUGACAGAGACCGACUCUCUGAGUGAUGCUCUGAAGGCCAUCUCUGUCAGCACUGAGCUGAUUGAGGAGGAGCUGAAGCCCCAUUUGGACACAUUGUUGUCUGCAUUGCUAGAAAAGAAAAAGGGCGCUGCUGUAGAGAUUGCCGGAAGUGGUAUUCUGCCCUCAUUGGCCCAGGCCUUACGGAGGAGAAGCGGCUUAACCUGCCAGGUGGCACUGCUGGUGGCAGAGAUGGCACGGGAAGCUGCGGUGAGGGAGCCAUGCAUUGCGGCAGGCUUGGUGACGGCGCUGCUUCCCCAUCUGAACAGUGAUAACCCAGAGAUGCUGCUGAACACUGGCAGGGCCAUUGGACGCAUCUGCUUUGACAGCUCGGCUCAGCAAGACCAGUUGGUCCAGAGUGGUGUGAUCCCCAGACUGGUGUCCAUCAUGAGGGAGUAUCCAGAGAACGACCCCCUAGUCAAUGUUUGUUUGCUGGCCUUGUGUAACCUGGCUGACAUGGAUUCGACGAGGGAGGCCCUGACAGACCAGGGUGUUGCAGAGGUACUGACAUUCCAGCUGAAACGGGCACCUGAUGCUGAACGCCGACAUGUCAUCCUGGAAGUACUGGGCUCACUGGGCGAGAGCGAUACACUGAAGCUGCAGUUUGCAGAAUCAGGAGUACCCGAGGCUUUAUCAGAAAUGAUUGGGGGACUGCAGGGGGGUUCCGACCCUCAUGACCUCUGCAGCAUCAAAAUUGCUUCAAACCUGAUAGUGUCCCUGCUUUUAGGAGAUGAGUCCAUGCAGAAGUGUUUUGGUGAGGGAUCAGGCCUGGUGUAUCAGGAUGUCCUCUCCUGGCUGCAGAGCUCUAACACCCAGCUCCAGCUGUCUGGAGCUCUGGCCAUUGCCAACUUUGCCAGGAAUGACAGUAACUGUAUAAAGAUGCUGGAUCUGGGUGUGGUUCCUCACAUCCUGACCCUGCUGGAGCAGCAUGUCGACGAGGGAGACGUGUCUGUUCAACAUGCCGGACUGAGUGCACUCAGAAACCUGGCCAUUCCCGCCACCAACAAAGUGCGGAUGCUGGAGGACGGGGUGACGGAGAGGAUCAAGACGCUCCUGCGAUCCGACAUGCCACCAGUUCAGUUCAAGCUGCUGGGAACACUACGCAUGAUGGUGGAUGGACAAGAGGAGGCAGCCACAGUGCUGGGGAGGGAUGCAGUAUUGUUAGCUCGAGUAAUGGAGUGGUGUGACGCUAAGGACCAUGCAGGAGUCAGGGGAGAAGCCAACCGCCUACUGGCAGCCCUCAUCCGACACAGCCGAAACCCUGAAGUUAUCCAUGCUGUAACCAAAGCAGAUGGGGUACGGCACCUUAUCUCCAUGGCAAGCAGUGAACAUGUGAUCAUGCAGAAUGAAGCUCUGGUUGCCCUGGCAAUAGCAUCUGCUGUUGACAUCGAGUCUGUGCAGGCUCCAUUCAGAGAGGCUGAACUGGUCCCAACACUCCAGAAGAUGUUAGAUGAUCCUGCGGGGGCGGUGGAGGUCAAGUUCAGCGCUUUAGGCCUCAUCUGCAGCCUGGCCAACUCCGGUGCGAUGAAGGAGGAGAUGGAUUCUGUGAAUAUGAAGGACAGCCUCAGUAAGCUGGCAGAUCACAGCAGCAGUAAGCUGGCAUCUCAGGCCAGCUCCAUAUUGACCAUGCUCAGCGACACCAGCUAGACCAACACACUGCAAAAAUCUGACAGGCAGGGCAAAGGAUUUCAUCUUUUACUCAGAUUUAUCCAGUUCUUUCAAUGACAUAUUUUAAGUCAAAGUAUCUUACUGCACAGAUAGAUCAUUUUGUCACAGCUCACUGAAGAUGGACAAGGCCAUUUUCACAGUUUCAGUAUGACUGAACGGCACACCUAGUUUUGUGUGACUGAUCAGAAGGGAACAGAAUCUGUUAGAAGCUGCAGUUGGGUGAAGGUCUGUAGACCUAAAUGUUGUAAGGUCUAAAAUAAAGAUUUUGUAAAUGAGUUGACAGUUUUAAAGACUUGUUGUUAGGUUAACACUUAAUGUAAGGUUGAAAUUCUGCGCUACAUUUCAUUAGUGGUUUAACUGGCCUUCAUGGCUUCCCCUCAGCGUGGCCUGGUGGGGGAAUCUCCACCACCAUUAGUGUCAUUCCAUUCUUCUGAAAAACUGAAGUGUACUUUGACUCUUGGACCCAACCAUGGCCACUUCAGAGGCAAAUGUUAAACACAGUGCAUUACAGUUAUCUGUUAUUUAUGAUGCAAUGUCAACUUGUAGGAGGGGCAAAUUAUAUGAGCGUGAAUAGACAAACCAAUAUUCAUGUAACUGUCCAUUUAAACCUCCCAGCUCAUCUCCUGCUCACUUUGCCUCUGAUCUCCAAGUGGCCUCCAUGUAAUGUCUGUUGUUGUGCAUUACCAAAGGCUGAGCCGAAGUCGAUGAGUGGAAGUCAAACAGCUAAUGAAACGCAGCUCUGUUAUUUGGCACAAACUCUGCUUCAAGUGUAUCUUGCCAUAAAGACAAUUAAAGAGACAUGGUUGCUUAGACGGCCAAAAGAAUUUUGACAAAAAACAUAGAAAUUUCCAGAAAAUCCAUGCAGAAUGUUGUCAAUAACAAAUGGAAUUACAGAUAGAUGUGCUUCCUCUGUUCAUCAGAACUGGUUAGGUGGUCUGUUAAGAUGAAAUACAAGCAAUUCAAAGUACUACAGAUAUUUAUUAAUAUGAUUAUCGAAGAUCUGGACUCUGUUCACCAUUUUUAUUGUGAGGUAAGGUAAUGCGUUUUGGAAACUAGCUGUCAUCAGAGUACCAUGUCAAUGCUGGUCCCUGCCUCCUUUUUACAAUAUGCAUAAUCAUCCUCUGGUGUGUAGGGGAGGUUGUUAGGGAGGACAUCAUUUAGAAUUAGUUGCAUAAUUUGCAUCUGAACCCAUCAUUGACAGUUCAGCUCUAUAUGAGGUGGACUUUCCUUUGGAAAUAUUCACCCUAAUCAACUCAAAUUGUUUAAUGAACAAUUGUUUAAUGAAGUAUGAGUCUGAUGAUGUGUACCAGAAUUUUUACAGCUUGGAAUGGCUGGAAAAAACAUUGUUAAUUUUUGAACAGUCAUGUGUGGUGGCUACUGCUCCUCUGGCAUGGGGUGAUCCACGAACUGCAGAGGUUACCAGAUCUUUCUGGAUGUUGAUAGCAUGGUAAAUACCGUUUUAAACGGCAAUUUGAGCAUCGGUCAUGCACAAUCAAUGUAUGCAUUUAGGUUUUGAAGGGUAAUAAUUGUCGAGUGAUGUUAAACAUUUUGAUUUGCAUUACAGUGGUCAUUUCAAGAAUAUUAUUAUUAUUAUUAUUAUCAUUAUUAUUAUUAUGAGUUAUUAUAAGUCCACCCCAAAGGCAGGAGGCUAACAGUUAGCAUUUGGAGCAUCCAGCCAGUAUCCAGCACUCAGUAACAAUGAGAGGAAGAUAGCACCUAAGGGUAGGUGAAAUAAUAUCAUUUUUUUCAAAACGGGUGAAAUAUCACUAUAAGGACUUCACCUACACACCUGAGGAUGAUUGUGCAUAUUAUAUAGAGCAGGCAGGGGCCAGAAUUGUUAUGGUGUCUAAUGAGGGCUAUUAGUGCCAAAACACAUUAAUUUACUCCACAAUUUAAAAAAAAAAAUGGCAAACUGAGUCCAGGUCAAUAUUAAUAAUUUUAUUCAGUAUUCGAGUGUCAUUACUUUGAGUUGACACCAUUUAAAAAAUGCUUUCUACAUCAUAUGAGCAAAAAGCUAUAGUUAUUUAUCACAAACAGUAACUCUAUGACUGCUGGGAGUUAAGACAGUUUUGCCACAGUUUUGUUUUGAAUGUGUUAAUGUUUGUGGUCAUGUGGAAUGCAUGUGUUGAAAGAUAUUACAUCAUUGCAAAGAGAAAUGUUGGGGAAGAAAAGGCAAGAUAAUUUGACUUGAAAUAUUGUGAUGAAAUCAAACAUUACUCGCUAAGUUAUCCCUAUCACAAAUCCUUUGGGAAAAGAUUAUUUUUAGGCUGAGGUAUUUUUGAGAAGCUGAAACCUGGUGAAGACCACCAAAGACUUGUGCCACCAUGAGAAAUCUUGAACAUGUAACCGACUCAUCCACCAGCAUCAAAGCAGUUUAUCUGGAUCGUCCAGUCUCUUGUUUAUCAUUAUCACAGAGACUGUCAGAGUCGGUGAAGUAAGAGCAAUAUCAUGACCUCUCUAAGGAAGGCUUCCUGUUUUAUGGUAGACAGCAAAACUAAUGUAACAAUACAUGUCUGACAGAGCGGUAUCCUAUAGAAGCACAAUGUGAAGAAGUCACUGAAUAUUGAACUAGCUAUCAUUGGAUAUUUAUAUGUAUAUAAUAAUAAUAGGUGUACAGUAGGUGCUGUAUACAAAGCAAUUCAAUGUGCAUUUUCGUCGCCUACCCAUAGGGACAAGGGUCAGUGUGUGUGGUGUGGUGUAAAAACACUUAUGCAAUUUAAAGUGAUUAACCUUUCUUUUGCAUCAUUUGAUAUAAUAUCUGUGAGUGGAGGAUAUAAAGCAAUGAUAUUCCUGCUAUGGUUCAAUGUGAUAUCUGUAUGAACCUACAAUAUGUAUACAAGCUAGACAUUGUUAAACAUUUGUGAACAACUCUGUCUGUUCAUUAUUUAUGGAAGGUAUUUUUUGACAUUUCUAGAGCUGUGUUCCACAGUAAGCAGAAUAAAAUUAUGUCUUGUCUUCCCAAAAAA